AAAGAUGGGCUGUGGCGCCUCUUUGCCACCCUGACACACCAUCUCCUCCCCAUCGCCGCAAAACACAGCACAGGCCGGCCAACUAUUCCUCUCUCAACGAGGAUAACAAGGACUAUCACCAUGUCUGAUAUGGAGGACGAUUUCAUGUGUGACGAUGAAGAGGACUACGACCUGUGCACAUGUGAUAACAUCCAGGAAUACUCAGAAGACAGCAAUUCAGAGCCAAAUGUUGACCUGGAGAACCAGUACUACAACUCCAAAGCAUUGAAGGAGGAUGAUCCCAAAGCAGCACUCAGCAGUUUCCAGAAGGUGUUGGAAUUAGAAGGCGAGAAAGGCGAAUGGGGAUUCAAAGCGCUGAAACAAAUGAUUAAAAUAAACUUUAAGCUGACUAAUUUCCCAGAGAUGAUGAAUAGAUACAAACAGUUACUGACGUACAUAAGAAGUGCAGUCACAAGGAACUACUCAGAAAAGUCCAUCAACUCCAUUCUGGACUACAUCUCAACUUCCAAACAGAUGGAUUUACUACAAGAGUUUUAUGAAACGACUCUGGAAGCUUUAAAAGAUGCAAAAAACGACAGACUUUGGUUUAAAACCAACACAAAGCUGGGGAAGUUGUACCUGGAGAGAGAAGAAUAUGGAAAACUGCAGAAGAUCCUGAGGCAAUUACACCAGUCUUGCCAGACAGACGAUGGCGAGGAUGACCUCAAGAAAGGCACGCAGUUGUUGGAGAUCUACGCUCUGGAAAUUCAGAUGUACACAGCCCAAAAAAACAACAAGAAAUUGAAAGCCCUGUACGAGCAAUCACUCCACAUAAAAUCUGCCAUUCCUCAUCCACUUAUAAUGGGCGUUAUCCGAGAAUGCGGCGGCAAAAUGCAUCUGAGAGAGGGGGAGUUUGAAAAAGCUCACACAGAUUUCUUUGAGGCCUUUAAAAACUAUGACGAGUCAGGAAGCCCCCGAAGGACGACAUGUUUGAAGUAUUUAGUGCUCGCCAACAUGCUAAUGAAGUCGGGAAUCAACCCUUUUGACUCGCAAGAGGCCAAACCAUACAAAAAUGAUCCAGAGAUAUUAGCAAUGACAAAUUUAGUAAGCGCCUAUCAGAACAAUGACAUCACUGAAUUUGAGAAAAUCUUGAAAACAAAUCACAGUAACAUAAUGGACGACCCCUUUAUCAGAGAGCACAUAGAGGAGCUGCUGCGCAAUAUUAGAACUCAAGUACUUAUCAAACUCAUCAAACCAUAUACAAGAAUACACAUCCCUUUCAUUUCGAAGAGAAUUCGAGAUUUUUACGCCUCGGAUUACGACCGAAAACCGGUUUUCGACCAUACUGACCAAACCCGAAUACGCCACUUGACUCCUCUCGGCUUCCUUACACGAGAGCUGAAUAUCGAUGUUUGUGAUGUGGAGAGUCUGCUGGUGCAGUGUAUUUUGGAUAACACAAUCCACGGGCGAAUCGAUCAAGUCAACCAGCUACUAGAACUCGACUACCAGAAAAGGGGAGGGGCUCGCUACACAGCUUUAGACAAAUGGACUAAUCAGCUGAACUCUCUCAACCAGGCCAUUGUGAGCAAGCUCACAUGAUGCCAACGAAAAAUCAAGAGACAAGGAAAAUGGCAUGUUUGAAUACAUCCAGCAAAUAUGCUUCCGUGCUUCGGAGAUGAGCGAGACGCCACACGUUUUGAAAAACGCCACCGAUUUUCAAGAAGAGCCCCGAGAAUGUGUUGUUUUGUCCUGACAAGAGGAAAUCACUGACACUGUUGUUUUUCAUAUACCAGAUUGGCAGAUCCUUCCAUGUGCAGAUAUAUUGGUUGUACAAAUGUGUAUGAGAAGACAAACACAGUAUUUUAAUGUAUACUGUUGCCUCUUGGUAAUAAAAACCUGUCAGCACUUAA